AAGAGACAGCAACAAGCAAGAUGGAGUUUCCCGAUCUCGGUCAGCAGUGUUCCGAUCAAACAUGCAAACAACUAGAUUUUCUACCAAUGAAGUGUGAUUCCUGCUCUAGGAUAUUCUGUAAGGAUCAUAUUACGUACUCAUCACAUAAUUGUGAAUCGUCAUACAAGAAGGAUGUCCAGGUUCCAGUGUGUCCGCUGUGUAAUAAACCAGUGCCUGUGAACAGAGGAGAACCACCUGAUAUCAAAGUAUCUGAACAUAUAGAUAGAGACUGCCAGUCAGAUCCAGCUAAGAAGAAACGAAAAGCUUAUGCUAAUAGGUGUAAUGUGAAAGGAUGUAAACAGAAAGAGCUCAUACCGGUUAUAUGUGGCUCAUGUCAGCUGAACUUCUGUUUAAAACAUAGGCAUACUACUGACCACAAAUGUGAAGGCUUUCAGGGAAGUGGUAGGGGAAUUAGCAAAGCUGGUGCUGCUGCAACUCGAAGAGUUGGUGCUAGUGGUAGUAGCAGUGGUAGCAAUCCACCUAGUAAUACAUAUAAUAAAGCAAAAUCAAAGCCUCAAGUAACUGCACUGAGCAACUAUGGAAGGGACUUAGAUAGAGAGCGUAGAGAAAGAGAGCAACAAAGACAAGUGCAACCCCAACCACAAUCAGCAUAUUCAUUACAAGCAGGCUUGUCAGAAGAUGAAGCCAUGGCACGAGCCUUACAGAUGUCAAUGGCAGAUUCUCAGCAACCGAAACAAGCUGCACCAAAGAAAACUUUAACUCGGCAAGAACAAGAUGACCUCGCCUUGGCGCAAGCGUUAGCUGCCAGCGAGGCUGAACACAGAAGAGAACAGCUGAGACGAAGACAGGUAAACAAACUAUAUCAACCUGAGAUCACAAGAUGGAAUAUCAAGACUGACGGAAACUAGAUUAAACCACAAAAUCUCAUCGAUGUAUUUAAACAGGGUUUCAUUACUGUACUGCCCUCUAUGGUCAACUUUGUUUAUGAUUACUCAAUGUAAUUCUUGACAUUUCUGUCAAGAUGUAAAAAAAUUAUUUGUACUGUAUAUUUUUUUAAAUUAGUGUUUGAAAAUCAUGUUUCUCAUCAACAAAUUGGAAAAAUAUAUAUUUCAACUGUAUUAUUAUGUGUAUGUUACAACAUUAUCUGCACCAUUAUCUGUCCACCCCAACUAUCCUCCAAAGGUGAUGUUGAUUGACCUGACCUCUGACCUGGUGACCUCUGGAGUCAUUCUGUGUGCAUGUUCUGCUAUCAAUCACUGUUACUGACAGUAGAUUUCUUUUAUUUACAGCAACAGGAGGAAAAGAAAGAGUCCAGUUGUUUAGUGGCUUAGAGACACACAUCACAACUAAAAACAAGUUUAAUUACACAUUCUUUCUUGUUGCCUUACUACCUACAUGGUUAUCUUAUUCUUACUCACUAUUUUCUGAUAUCAACGGGGUAUUCGGAGGAUUUUAGUGAAUGAAUUUUUUAUAUAGUUAGUAUCCAAUGCUUAAACUGCUGUUCUGAGUGUGUAAAAGGGAUGAUGACGACCAAAUUUCAGUAUGCAAAUCACUCUCCAUGGUGAUGUAUCUCGUCAUUGCUCAACAAAAGACUUUGCUUUUUCUGUCAUACACAUAUUCUGUCAUAAAUAUUUAUAGAAUACAAUUUCAAUGUUGAUAAGAAGGGAUAUUGCAAACAGCCAUGCAAGUCUUCUAAAUGACUGUCAAUCACAGGUUUAUUUAAAUAUAAGUGUUAAUUAAAACAGUUAGUAACAAUACAUCUUUUCAAAGCGGACAUUGGCAUAUUUAAAAUAUUUGCACAAUUACCACUUUCUCUAACAUUUGUAUACCCCCGUACAUAGUAAAUGAUUACAUUUCCUAUGAUGCAGUGGUGCAAUCCCAGGGAUCGUUGAGCCAAUCUUUAAAUUGUGAGUUAUCAUAUCAUAGCUGUUCUGGAGUUAACAGCUGGUAUAAUUGUGUAGUGAAUAUUAACUUUUUAACAGAUCACAAAAUCCUUUAUAUUAUCGACUGGAAGUGACUUACUGUUAGUGUGAAAUUUUAUUUUAUCAACUCUAGAGGGCAGUGUUUCACUUAGACGUACUGUAAAGGGGGUAAUUAUUCACUGGGUUUUAAUUUAGCUUAUUUCGCUGACUGGAAAAUGCGCUAAAUUAAAACCCAGUGAAUAUGUAAAAUUUAGCAUAGAACACAUUAUCUAAAUGAUGAAACCGUGAAUUUAAAACUGAAUAUGCCUGAAAUGGUAAAUCAGUGAAAUUUAAACCCAGUGAAAAUUAGUCAUUUUACAGUAUUUGUAGAUGUAGACCUAAUAAAGUUAGUUAAUAUAAAGUCAAAGACAUUAGACAACUAGUGUCUUUGGUUAAAUGUUGUAUAAAGCUGAAUUUCAACAAAACAUUGUGGCAUUAAAUGUUAUUUCAAAUGACACCGGGUUAUUAUCAUUUUACUUUCAAUUUAUAUAUGAUG